AUGGCGAAAAACGCGAAACGCGAAAACCAUGCCUCGGACGAAGAAAUGCCCUCUGUCGAGGAAGAUCUCUACAAGAUUCUAGGUGUUGCGUCCGAUGCAACCCCGGAAGCCAUCAAAACUGCAUACAAGAAGAGCGCUCUAAGAAAUCAUCCCGAUAAGGUGAGCGAAGAAGCCCGCGCAGAUGCCAACGCAAAGUUCCAGCGAAUUGCGCUGGCGUACGGAGUACUCUCUGACGCACGUCGACGAAGCGUGUACGACCGGACCGGCAGCACGGAUGAAGCCUUCGGCGAAGAUGGUGACUUCAACUGGAUGGACUUCUACCGCGAACAACUAUCAGCGAUGCUCGACUCGCGGGCGAUCUCGGACUUCCAGAAGAAAUACCAAAACUCAGAUGAAGAGAGAAAGGACCUGCUCGCUGCGUAUGAGACGCACGAGGGCAAUAUGGAUGCCAUCUACGACACCGUGAUGUUGUCCAAUGUACUAGAUGACGACAAACGGUUCCGCGGCAUUAUUGACCAGGCCAUUGCGGAUGGCGAAGUGGAGGAUUUCGAGAGAUAUUCCAAGGAGCCCGAGAAGAAGAAACAGCAGCGGGUAAAGAAGGCGCAGAAGGAGGCGCGGGAGGCGGAGAAGUUGGGGAAGGAGAUUGAGGAUAAGAAGAAGAAAGCUGGGGCUGCGAAGAGCUCGAAGUCUGCAGCGAAUGAGAAUGAUUUGCUGGCUAUUAUCACCAAGCGCCAGCAAGAUCGUGGUGCGGGCUUCCUCGCUCGCUUGGAGGAGAAGUAUGCGCAGCCUGGAAAGAAGCGUGGUGUCGAUGAUGAGCCCCCCGAGGAAGCAUUUGCUGCUGUCGGGGCUCGAAAGGGGACGAAACCCAAGUCGAAGAGGACUAAGGCUUAA